AUAGAUACGUUUUUUGAUAUCCAAAUGAAUGCGUGCCGUAAAGAAAAUUACACGCGAGAGGAGAUUCGCGAUAACAUAAUAACGAUGUUAAUAACGGGUAGUGACACAAUCAGUACUACGAUAAAUUUUGUUAUCUUCAUGUUAGCAAAUUUCCCUGAAGUACAAGAAAAAGCACAUAAAGAGUUGUUGGAAAUUUAUGGCACUGAAACUGUAAAAUCUGCACCAAUCAAAUACGACCAUUUACAAAAUAUGCAUUAUUUGGACCGAGUUAUCAAGGAAACGAUGAGAAUUUUCCCUACUGUCCCUAUAAUUGGACGAAAAACAUCCGGAGAUUUAAAAAUAGGGAAGGUAAUAAUACCAAAAGGUACAGAUAUUCUUAUACCAAUUAUAAAAAUGCAUCGAGACGAAAAGUAUUGGCCAAAUCCGUUUAUGUUUGAUCCUGAUAGAUUUCUCACAGAAAGAAAAAAAGAUUUUCACGCGUCUUGUUAUCUUCCCUUUAGUGCUGGAUCAAGAAACUGCAUAGGUAUGAAAUAUGGAAUGAGGUGUAUGAAAAUCAUACUAGCAACAUUGAUACGAACGUACAAAUUUAAAGUUAAUAAAAAUAUUGAAUUAGAUAAGAUAAAAUUGACAUUUGACAUUGUAUUAUCCCCUACCGAGCCUUUCAAAGUCAAAAUUGAAAAGCGAUCCAAUAAAACAGUAUAGAAAUUAUUAAA